AUGUGCAUCGUAUUGUUUUUUUAUUAUUUAGAAUUUUGUGUAUAUCAUAUUGUCUGCAUACCAUGAGCUGUAGUCACGGCCACAACCAUUCCAGCUGCGGGAGUCCUGCGAACCGAGUUGAAACUUACUCCUUAUUCAACCACAUCGACAUUGACUCGGUAGUGUGUUACAACGAGAAGGAGAAGGGGUCUUCUAGACGCAUUUUCAAGCCCUACGACAAAAAAGCAAGACAAGACAGAGUACCUCGAGUCAUGCGUUGACGAGCAGCUUCUGAUAUACGUGCCUUUCACUGGUCAGGUGAAAUUGAAAAGUUUUAUUUUGAUCGGGGGUCCGGACGGAUCCAGUCCUAAGACUCUGUCUAUGUUUAUAAAUCGGGAUGACAUUGAUUUUUCCAACGUAGAGGCCAUUCAGCCUGUUCAAAAAUGGGAACUCGUUGACUGCGAUUUCAAAGGCGAGGCCGAGUACAAUACGAGGCAGACAAAAUUCAACAGCGUGAGAAACUUGACAAUCUACAUCUCAGAAAACUACGGCAAUAAGAAAAGCAGGGUUUAUUACAUAGGACUCAACGGGGACUUCACGCCGGGCGGCCUUCGGCCGGUGAUCACUUCCUACGAGCUUAUUCCGAAUCCAUCGGAGAGGAUAGACACAAGGGAUGUCCAUCAAUCUGGAUUUAUCUCAUAGCGCUCUGGUCCAUAAUAAAAAUCGUAAAGUGACAAAUUUAUUUUUUGUUUUUUUUGUACCGGAUUACGACGACAGAUUUUUUAAUAAGUUUGAAGAAGAUCGUGGUGAGUGCCAAGAUUUUUAUGUUGACUACCUUUCCAAGGCCUCGCGUUGCUCUAGCCUCAGUUCUGACCAGCCCGAGAGUCUAUGUGUGGAGGCAGCAGGCAAAGCCCUAUGCGCGCAAUGAAGCACGUCCAAACAGUGAGCCGAGGCUGAUGGGGUUGCAGAUCCGGUCCUACGCCAGAGGUAAACUGCACAAGGCCAUUUCUAGACUAAAGCCAGGUGAACUUGAGAAGAUGCGCAAAUCUGCGCCGCCCUCCAUGCAACAAAGAGAAACGGCCUAUGUACUCAACUCCACAAACGUGAUUUUAGACCCGUGGCUGCCGCCUAAGCUGGAAAAUCCUAUUCAGAAGAAAUUUUGGAUUGGCAUAUGGGAAUGGGCGAAGCACGCGUUCAUGACAAGAAUUGCCGUUCCAUGGCAUUUGAGGGGCUUGGCUAGGCUAUUUGGUCAUCCCAAGGUCACCAGGUCUGCGAUUAGGCGUGCUGCCAAGUCGCUUUAUUUGCAAUUCAAUCAAGACCUCAGCAAGCUAGAAUUGAUGAAGAUCAGAGACUACGUUUCCGUGCCCUUAUUCGACCAGCUCAAGGCAAAGUAUAGUCGCGUCUAUUUGUUGCCGAAUGCCAUUCCGCAGUGGGAAUCAAAAAACAUAAGGACGAAAAUCAUCAACGUCGUUGUCGUCCAAAUUCCGUCCCCCAUCAAAUCUCAUUUUUUGCAGGCAUCUGUGCGCAUCACGGGCAAGCAGAGACUUGCUGUCGUCGACAAGAAUAGCGGGCAGCUCAUCUCGGGAUCGAGGAAUUUCGUGCAUGUUGAGGACAUUUGGGUGAUUGAAAGGGUCCUCGAAAAGAAAGACGCAACGUGGUGCGUGUUGAGUAUCAAUCUCGGCGCGGGCGAAGGGAUGCUGGAUAAGGCCAAAAGCAGUCGACGAGAAAAUAAGUGAGCGUUCGACGCGGAGAGUUUGUCGAUUUAGGUUUGGUUCAAUUAAAAGUUUAUUCGAUUGCAAAGUACUGCAGCGUGGCGGUUGAGAGUUUCAAAAAGUCGUAAAAGGAGUUCACAGAUAUACGAAGAACGCGAGGGUCGAGCGAUCGAAAACGCCUGUCGCAAAAGUCAGAUGUCAAAAAAAAUUCGAAGAAAAAACAAUUUCUUGAUACCUACACAACAAGGCUGUUUCCGUUAAGCUGAAAUGUUUUUUCAAUAGUAUCCGUAGGUUCUUUAUCUGGUUCUAGGCUUUUCAAAACAUAUUCAGCCCAUUCUGGUCGAGGAUAUUGAAUACACACUCGGCUAUACAGAAAAAGGGUUAGCGAACGAUAUAGCAUAGCGCGCGACGCGACGUGGUCGACUUGAGCGCACGCGUACUAUGUAUAUGCCAUUAUCGCAAGGUAUCCAAAGCGCACAAUACUCUUUUGGUCUCUAAGACAGAGAAAAAAAAAAAAAAAAAAA